CAUUCAAACAAAUACAACCCACUCACUCGUACUGCAUGCACUCUUUCCGUGCAUUUUUGAUCCGCUGCACUCGUCUCUCUUUUCCCUCUCUUUUCUCUUUGUUUCCUUCCCCCGUUACCAUCGCCCAACCACUCGCAAUACCAUCGCAACACCCUCAUCUACCACCCGGCCUGAAUUCAUAAUGGAAGUCUGCCACUCCUCCUCGAACAUGUCGCUCCUUGAUCAGCUCUUCGGUACAGACGGCCGCAAGCACAAGAACGAAGGCAUCUGGAACUGGGUCAAGAACCAAACUAGCAAGCACAAAAACAAGAACAAGGACAGGGACAGCAAUGGCCCUGUCCUGCUUGCCCGUUCCUUCUCCUGCACACCAGCAUCUACCCACAAUCGCUCAGAUUCCUCCAACUCCUCGCGCUCAAAUCGCGCCGCAUCCUACGUAUCCUUCACUUGCUCCCCUACAUCUCCUACCUCCUCAUUUGCACUCUCAUAUACUCAGACCUCAAAUCCACAUGACUCUUCCUCCUCUUCCCCUUCAUCAUCGUCUUCUUCUUCUUCCCCUUCAUCAUCUUCCUCCUCUUCCUGGUCUUCAUCACCCACUAAGGUCUCCCGAGCAGCCUCUCCUUCCUCAAACAUAACAGCAACAUCUGCAUCAAAGAGAGCGCCGUACUUGCAUUCCCGACAAAGGACACAGAGCGUCGCGGCACCAUCUAUGCAAUCCCCUGCAAAGAAUGUUGGUAAUGGUACUCAGGAGCAAUUGUAUCGGUACCCACAUCAGAGUUACAGCCAUGCAGAUGGACCGAUCAAGCGCUCAACCUCGGCCAGGUCCGCACCGGCACACCUCUACACCCACCGCAGGGGCAGUGUGUCUCAUGAAUCAUUGGAGGGUCGGAGGGCCUUAAAGGGCAAGAGAGUUCAGCGAGACACGAUGAACGAGAUUUCGGAGACGGAGUCAAACUCAAGUACAUUAGACAUGUCUAUCGGUAACCAGAAGCAACAGCAGAUGCAACGUUGGGGAGGUUCCCAUGGCGAAUCUGCUCUCUCUGACGAAAGAGACCGAACCCGAGCGAGAAGUAUCGAGAUCCGACAUGCCAAACGGGACGAUUGGUGGUGGGAGUAACAUACGAACUCGUAUUCAUAUACAGAUAUGCAUGCACAAUCAAAAAAAAAAUAGCCAGCAACAACAAACAAGCAGAUAGCCGGCCUGCAGCCUGUACCAUAUAAUUAUGAUAGUAAUAGUAAUAGUAAUAGUAAUAGUAAUAGUAAUAGUAAUAGUAAUAGUAAUAGUAAUAGUAAUAGUAAUAGUAAUAGUAAUAGUAAUAGUAAUAGUAAUA